AUGGUCGUCCCACUCCAAUGUUUCAUUAACAAUACUCCAUUCAAUGUUUCUUUUAAUAACUUAGAGUAUUCUGGUGAUAACUUUGAAAUGACUGGUAACUCUAAACAUGUUAGUGGAUUGUGGGUCCCAUAUAAAAAAUCAGGUAAAUCAGUUACAAUCUUAGUAGGUUCCACCGUUUUCACAAUGUAUGACGAUGAAUGGAAGAUUAUCAUUGAGAACAAUGUUACCUUUGACCUUGCGCAUGACUGUAUGAAGUUUUUCUUAACCGUCAAUGGUUAUGAUGAAUCUAAUCUUAAUUUCCAAUUUAAAAGUUUGGCUAGUGGUCGUUCGAUAAGAUCUUCGAUGUUAAUGAUUUUCGAAUCUUUAAGCACCCAAAAAAGUAAACCAACAUGUUAUAAAAAGAGAAAAUUGAAAGCAAAGGUGUUUCCUUGA